AUGUCUCCCAUCAACCCAGAGCCCCGUAUCAACUCCAAAUACCUCACUCAACAUCGUGGUGAGGUGGUCCGAUUGACUGCGAAAGUGAUCAAGCUUUCCGGUGAUACCGCUACCGUUGAAACCAGUGAUGGGAAUACUCUCGGCGUCCAUCUCUCACGAGACAUGCACAUUGGUGACGGAUUCAUAGAGAUCAUCGGUACCGUCAAGGACGACUUGAGUAUCAAAGCUCAUACCUAUAUCGAACUAGGCAGUCAACUCGAUAUGAAAGCCGUCAAUGCCGUCGUCGAAUUUGCUCACGGCGGUAAAGGUCAAGGUGUGCUGGCUUAG